ACGACGGAAGGACGGAGGCCUAACGCCGCCUAACUCCGUUGACGGUGUUAACAAAAUUAUUCAAUAUUUUAACAGUUAAAUAGUUAAUUUAGUUUUUAUUUUUGUUCUCUUUUAUAGCAAUUUCUAUUUUCUGUAAAUCGAGGUCAAGUUUGGAGUUUGGACGCUCGUAACGACAGGAAGGUAUGAGUCGCCAUGUCCUCUCCUUCUCCCUCGGAUCUCGCCUUUCGUCCUCUUCGCUCGAUCCCUCUUGACUACGCCCUCUCUCUCUCUCUCUUUCGUCUUUUUCAUAUUUUCUUUUUUUCCCAUCAAAAUUAUUUAACGGCAGAUCUAUAAACCCUAUAUAUCUUUCUCCGUCGUUGAGUUCCGUUCUCUGAAAUUUCCCAGAAGACGAAGAUGCAUGGAAUGAAUCCAUAAUCCUAACGCUGAUUUACUUCCUCUGCGCUUUAAUUCAGGUUUCCGUUUACAGCUAAUCUGCAAAUUUUUGGGGAUUCUCUCUUUCCAGCGAUCGUUUGACGAUGACGGAUUUUCAGGAAGAGAGCGAUUCGUCUUUGUCGAUCUCCCUGCCCAAGAAUUCUAACCAUAAUUCUCCUUCUUUCUAUCGCCUUAUGAACAGCCCUGCUUCGUCUCCAGCCUCUUGGUUCGAGAUUCGGCUUUUUUAUGUUCGAAUUGCUCCUUGUGUGGUCGGCAGCGUUCCCACCCACCUCACCCUCCGCCACCUAAGACGCGAAAUUGGGGUUUCUCUGGAGAUUAAUGGUUCUCGCAUCCCUGCCUCCGAGACGACGUCUCUCACCCUCCGUCGCGAUCGUCUCGAUAAGGAGGCUUCCGAGGUCACCUAUGUCAGCACCGAUAGCGUUCGAGUGGCAGGCCCACUUGAAUUCGAGGUGUAUGAGAGGGAAGAUUUAAUUUUGUGUGGUUCUCUGGAACGCAUGGAAUCCCCUUGGAGCAAUGGCAGUGUCGGGUUCGAUCAUCAUCAGCAAAGGACAGAGAACGAUUCCAAGACGGGUUGGAGUAUGGAUUGCUGUACCGCAGCCUCGAUUGCUACGGGUUCUUCUGCGUUUUUCCAGCCAAAGUUGGGGGUUUCAUCGCCUUCCAUCGAGGUUUAUGUUGCCGGGUGCUCCUCUGGCUUCCCUCUCAUACUUACGAAGACAAUUCACCUCAGCCCCAGACGGAAGCUUCCACGACACGCCACACUUGAUGCUAUUCCCGAGGACGAAGAAACCGGAAAGGACCAGAAGAGCAUGAACGGUAUCGUUCGCCACAGGAAGUUGCAAAUUGCAGACACAGAAUCUGAUGGUUAUGAUUCUGAAGGGAAAAUUGGGGCCAGAUUAUACUCAGAAGAGAUGUACAUUGAUGAUGAUGGUCAGCUCUCAUGGUUUAAUGCUGGUGUUCGAGUUGGAGUGGGAAUCGGCCUAGGUAUGUGCCUUGGGAUUGGAAUUGGUGUGGGGCUGCUCAUGCGCUCAUACCAAGCAACAACCAGAACUUUCAGGAGGAGGUUUUUCUGAGCUUCAGUUUUAAAAUGGGAAACCUGUGGUUCAAGUUCAGAAAAAAUGGUGUUCUUCAUCAGAACACUCCCAAGUCGCAGCUGUGGGGGUUAAGAAGCCCAAGCAUUUGUCCUUCAUGUAACGUAAGAAUUUUGGUACGCGUUGUGGUUGUUGUACAGUUUUUGAGUUUGUAGAUUGGAGGUUUGUCUCGAUAAAAUGCCCUAAGGGAAGGAGCUGCCACUCUGGUUGAUCUUAUCGCUGUGACUGACGGGUUCUCACAAGGUGUAUAUUUCAACUGGGAUGAGGAGAUGGAUGUAAUGAAAGAUCAAUUCAAUCCUAGUAGUAGUACAUUCCAUGAUGGAGGAUGUGAUUUAGAACCAGAUCCUAGGUGGUUCAAUUUUGCAUCGUUGAGCUCACGCAGAUGUGUAGAAAAUGUUCUUGAGGAGAUAGUGUGAACUUAUGAGUGUAGGGUCUUCACUUGCUGAAUAUAUAUGUUUGCAGAAAUUGUGCAUCUUUUAUAAUAUGAGGUAUUAAUUUUCAGUGAA